AUGAGAGCUUCAAGGCUAAACCAGAGUCUGAGCACUCCGGCUCCAAAGGAGGUUCAUAACUUCCGUAUAUAUAUCUUGGCACUAAUCAGUAGCAUGGGUGCCGUGUUGUUCGGGUACGAUCUCGGCUUUAUCGGCACCGCGCUCGAGCUCGAGUCUUUCAAAAAAGAUUUUGGAAUUCUCAAUUUAUCAAAAUCUGAGAAAUCAGCUUUUGCGGCCAAUGUUGUCUCUCUGCUGCAGGCGGGUUGCAUCAUCGGAUCGCUUGGCGCAGGUCCCCUGAGCGAUAGAUUCGGGCGCCGGGUGACCUUGGGCAUCACGGCUCUGUUUUACAACGUCGGCUCGGCCAUUCAAACCGGUUCUCAUGGGUCAGAGGCUAUGCUUCUUGCCGGUAGAGCUAUUGGUGGUGUCGGCGUAGGCGCCGCAAGCAUGAUUGUUCCGCUAUAUGUGGCAGAGGCUUCCCCUCCGCACAUUCGCGGUGCACUUGUCGGCAUAUACGAGAUUGGCGUGUCUGGCGGUACACUGGUUGGCUUCUGGAUCAACUACGGACUAUCCACAAAUCUGCCUGCAACUUCAGCACAGUGGAUUAUUAGCUUUGCUGUGCAACUGAUUCCUGGGGUAUUUCUGAUGCUUGGACUUCCAUUCAUUCCCGAGUCACCAAGAUGGUUAGCCAGGAACAGCGGCCAAGAAGCUUGCGUUCGUGUACUGCAGCGAUUGCGAAACUUGCCUCCUGAUCAUCCAUUUCUGAGGGAAGAGGUAGACGGCAUUCUCCGCCAACUAGAAGUUGAACGACAGGUUGAGUGCAAUACUGGACGUUUUGGUGUUAUCAAAGAGGUGCUCAGGCCUGGGAAUCGACAACGUCUGGCCAUUGGCUCCCUCAUGUUUAUUUUUAUGCAAAUGGCAGGGUCAAACGCCAUCAAUUACUAUUCGCCGGCCAUCUUCAACAGCAUUGGACUGACUGGCAGUAAUACGGCUCUAUUCGCGACUGGAAUCUACGGACUUGUCAGGUUUAUCGCCGUGAUUAUUGCAAUGAUCUUUGUCGUUGACCGUUUUGGAAGGACGACAACUUUAAUGGUUGGUAGUGGCAUUAUGGCAUGCGCCAUGUGGUUCAUUGGGGCAUAUAUCAAAGUUGCAUCACCGUCAGCCACGGCCAACACCGCAAAACAUAUUGAUGGCGGCGGAUACGCGGCUGUCGUGAUGAUCUACAUAUAUGCCAUUGGAUGGUGCUUUUCUUGGGCAGGAAUUCCUUGGAUUUACGCUUCAGAGAUCUUUCCUCUCCGCAUCAGAUCGCCCUGCGUUGCUAUUUGUGUGACAAUCCACUGGGUCAUGAACUUUGUCAUUGCACGGAGUGUGCCAUAUAUGAUAAGUAACAUCAAGUUUGGUACAUACUUCUUGUUUGCGGCAUGCAUGACAAUUGCAAUCCCCUGGGUCUUCUUUUUUGUACCAGAAACCAAGGGGUUGACUUUGGAAGAAAUGGACUGUUUGUUUGCGAUUGCAUCUGAUACAGUCUUGACUGAGGGAAAGGCGGAUAAAGACAAGGCAACUUCCAACGAGAUAGAAGACGCAGGAAGAGCUUCGACGCAAGUAUAA